AUGUCAAUUUCUUCUUCAUCUUCAUCAUCGUCUUCUUCACCACCAUCAACCACAAGGCCAAAUGAUUAUUUUGACUUACCAGAAGAAGCUAGAGCCGAUGCCCAAUAUGUAGUCGAAAAAGUACUUGCUAAACGACGAAAUCGAAAAGGAAAAUGGGAAUAUUUACUUAAAUGGGCUGGAUUUGGUGAUGAAGAUAAUACUUGGGAACUUCAACAUGAUAUUCAUCCUGACUUAAUUGCUGAGUUUGAACGACACCAAGUUGAAUUGGAUGCAUCAAAUCCAGUUUAUUCAACAUUAGGUGAAGAUCCACCAGUUAAAUCACAUACACCAUCAUCAACUCGUACAGAAUCACCACCAGCCAAGAAGAAAAGAAAAACUUCAAGUAGUAUUCCUUCAACACCAUCAACAGUGAAAACAAAAACAACAAAUGAAACAUCCCGAAAAGUGUUUGGUGUAGAAAAAGGUUGGCGUGUACGAGCAGUUAUUGGAGCAGCUAAACAAAAGGAUUCAUCAGUAUUAUAUGCUGUUGAUUAUGUACAAGGUUCACCAGUAUUACGUGAAUAUGUACCAUCAGAUAUUGCUCAUAAUUAUAUACCACGUGAACUAAUAGAAUUUUUUCAAAAAAAAAUUGUUUGGAAUCCAUCAAAUGGAAGCAAGAAAACUUAA